AUGGCCCUCUCCCUUGCGCAGAAUUGCGUCCCUAGCGCCUUCAACCCUCUUGUUUACGGAACCGAGAUCAAGUCCCUGGAAUCACACUUGGUCACCAACUACAGCGCAUCGGUCCCUGAAGCCUACCGCUACACCUCACCGUCCGUCGAGCUCCAGAACGCGACCUUCUGCAACAUCACCGUUACAUACACCCAUCCUGGGCAGAACGACAGCAUCGUAGCAGAGGCAUGGUUGCCGACGGAAUGGAAUGAGCGUUUCCUCGCCGUGGGUGGAGGAGGCUGGGUCGCAGGCCGCUUCUUCCUGAGCUACAAUGCCAUGCAGGGCGCCCUGGCCGAUGGCUAUGCAACCAUCACUACUGACGCCGGGCUUGGUUCGUCGGUGGAGCCCAGUCAGUGGGCUCAGACGAGCCCUGGCAACGUCAACCUUUACAACCUGCAGAAUCUGGGCUCCGUCUCCCUCAACGAGCAGGCAAUCAUCGGAAAGUCGUUGAUCAAGAGCUUUUACGGCCAAGCCCCGAAAUACUCAUACUGGAACGGCUGCUCCCAGGGUGGGCGCCAGGGUCUCAUGCUUGCCCAGCGUUACCCGACUGCCUUUGACGGAAUCGCGGCUGGCGCGCCAGCGAUCAACUGGAACAAGCUUUUCACGUUCAUCCAGUGGCCGCAGCAGGUCAUGAACGAGCUCGGGCAGUGGCCCUUUAUGUGCGAGCUGGACGCCAUUACCCUCGCCGCCGUCUCCGCUUGCGACGAGCUUGACGGUGUUAUCGACGGCAUCGUCUCCGACGUCAAGCAAUGCCUCGGCACUUUCGAUCCCUUCUCCGUCGUGGGAGAAUCCACUACCUGCGCCCAGCUGAACGGAACCCGGAAGAUCAUUACCAGUGCCGCCGCCACUGUGCUCAACGCAACCUGGCAUGGCAGGGAAGAUUACCACGGCAUCUUGCCCGGAGCCGACCUCACCGGAAACUCACCGAGAUCCUUCGGCCAGCCAGGUAUUGCAGCAACGGACUGCACUGAGAAGGGGUGUGCUGGCACGCCCAGUAACCUCGGUACCUCGUGGCUUAAACUAUUCGUGGCCAAGCACGCAACUUUAGACAUGGCAAAGCUCACACGGGAGGAAUUUGACAGUCUCGCGUACUCGGGCACUCAGCAAUAUGCUUCUAUGAUCGAAACAAGUGACGCCGACCUGAGAGCAUUCAAGGCCGCCGGCGGGAAAAUGGUAACCUUCCACGGACUUGCCGACAACAUCAUUCCCCCAGGUGGCACUGAAGAUUACUACAACGCAGUGGCCGACGUCGACCCCGAGGUCCGCGAAUUCUAUCGGUACUUCGAGGCCCCCGGCCUGGGCCACUGCUUCGGCGGCGCCAGCGGUUCGCCGACCGGGCUCUUGCACCAACUCCGUGACUGGGUCGAGAACGGCACCGCGCCCGAGAAGACGCCGAUCAAGAUCACUGUGGGCAAUGCGACCCAUGACCGGAUCCUGUGCCCGUACCCGCAGACAUCAGUCUUUGACCAGGACUGCGGCGACGCUUCCAAGGCAGGGUGCUGGUCUUGCUCCGGAGGGGUUUCGGUUGCGAAUCGCGCCAAGAGGUCGGCGCAACGUUGGAACGAGUUGUGA